UUUGGAGAUAACAAAUAUGCUCAACGGUGCCCUCAUCUCCGACACCUGGGUCUUGACCGCUGCUCACUGCAUGGUCUACCCCACUAGCUGGUUCACCAUCCGCUCUGGAUCCACCCUUUCCAACAGCGGCGGUAGCACAACCUCGUUCGCCUCCGUCAUCAACCACGCCAGCUACGGUUCGAACAGAUGGGGAGUCCCAAUCAACGACAUUGCUCUCAUCCGUCUGAGCAGCGCCGUCUCCCUGGGAUCCACCCGUGCCGCCAUUUCUCUGUACAACGCCAACGAGGAAGCCGUUGUCGGUUCUUCCGCCGUCAUCACCGGAUGGGGUGCCCUCACCGAGGGAGGCAGUGCUCCCACCGUCCUCCAGACCGUCACCGUCCCAAUUGUCUCCAAGUCUGACUGCAACUCCGCCUACCGCAUCUGGGGAGGACUUCCCGACGGCCAGAUCUGUGCCGCUGUUCCUGAGGGAGGCAAGGACGCCUGCCAGGGUGACUCUGGUGGUCCCCUCGCCAUCAGCGGACGUCUCGCUGGUGUCGUUUCCUGGGGUAACGGAUGUGCCCGCGCUGGAUGGCCCGGUGUAUACACCGAGGUCGCUUCCUACCGCAGCUGGAUCUCCACCAACGCUGGAAUCUAAGAAGCAGUCUCUAAACUGCACCCUGCUGACCUUCCACCCAAUGGCAAGGCUUGAUUUCAUUCACGAUAUUGUAAUAUCAACCGAAAUAAAGCAAUACAGUU